UGGGAUCUGGAGCGGGGGCGCCUGGGCGCUAUGAAACGAUCCUUGGCGAUCUUUGACGGUUCGUAUCCCGAGCUUUUCGGUAUCUCCUUCGGUUUCUCUCCGGCGCUCCCAGAGCCGCGGACCAGGAAGAAAAAGAAGAAGCUCGAGAGAAAAGAGGAAGGAUGAGAGAGAUCCUACACAUCCAGGGCGGCCAAUGUGGCAACCAGAUCGGCGCCAAGUUCUGGGAGGUUGUUUGCGACGAGCACGGCAUCGAUCCCACGGGCACCUACCAUGGUGACUCGGACCUCCAGCUCGAGAGAAUCAAUGUCUACUUCAACGAGGCCAGUGGAGGGCGCUAUGUUCCUCGUGGGGUUCUCAUGGAUUUGGAGCCGGGGACCAUGGAUAGCGUGCGAUCGGGGCCGUAUGGACAGAUCUUUCGCCCCGAUAAUUUCGUGUUUGGCCAGACCGGGGCUGGAAAUAACUGGGCCAAGGGACACUACACCGAAGGGGCCGAGCUCAUCGAUUCCGUGCUCGAUGUUGUGAGGAAAGAAGCCGAGAGUUGCGAUUGUCUCCAAGGAUUUCAAGUGUGUCACUCCAUGGGAGGAGGCACGGGAUCUGGCAUGGGAACGCUCCUCAUCUCCAAGAUAAGAGAAGAGUACCCGGACAGAAUGAUGCUCACAUUCUCCAUCUUUCCGUCGCCAAAAGUCUCGGACACGGUCGUGGAGCCUUACAACGCCACUCUCUCCGUCCACCAGCUCGUUGAGAACUCGGAUGAGUGCAUGGUUCUAGACAACGAAGCUUUAUACGACAUAUGCUUUAGAACUCUCAAGCUCACAACUCCAACAUUUGGUGAUCUCAACCAUCUCAUCUCGGCUACCAUGAGCGGCGUGACGUGCUGCUUGCGAUUCCCGGGCCAACUCAACUCGGACCUCCGGAAGCUAGCCGUCAACUUGAUCCCGUUUCCGCGGCUCCACUUCUUUAUGAUCGGCUUUGCUCCGCUCACCUCCAGAGGGUCGCAGCAGUACCGAGCUCUGAGCGUCCCGGAGAUCACCCAGCAGAUGUGGGACGCCAAGAACAUGAUGUGCGCAGCCGACCCUCGCCACGGGCGCUACCUCACGGCGUCGGCGAUGUUCCGGGGGCGCAUGAGCACCAAAGAGGUGGACGAACAGAUGCUCAACGUCCAGAACAAGAACUCGUCCUACUUCGUCGAGUGGAUCCCAAACAACGUCAAGUCGAGCGUGUGCGACAUCCCUCCCAAGGGACUGAAGAUGUCGGCGACUUUCAUCGGGAACUCGACCGCGAUCCAGGAGAUGUUCAAGCGAGUGAGCGAGCAAUUCACGGCGAUGUUCCGGAGGAAGGCGUUCUUGCACUGGUACACGGGUGAGGGGAUGGACGAGAUGGAGUUUACCGAGGCGGAGAGCAACAUGAACGAUCUGGUGUCCGAGUACCAGCAGUACCAGGACGCGAGCGCCGAUGACGAGGGAGAGAUGGACGAGGAGGCCGAGGCUUGAAGCAACACAGAGGACUGAAAAAACAAGUUUUGAAGAUCUUAGAAAAAAUAAAGAACUCGAGUUCUUUCUUCCAUUGUUUGGACUACUCGUUUUAUGCAUGAGAUAAAAUUAAAAAAUAAUGAAUAGCGUUUUAAAAAAA